CAGCACCCCGCAGCAGCCGCCGCGCGGCCGGGCGGCCCCGCGCCGCCGAACCACUACCAUGGCAACCCAAGUGCUGGGACAGUCUGGUGGGAGCAGCCUCUUUCCUAGCAGCGCGAAUAUUGGUAUGGCAUUGUCCAAUGACAUGUAUGACUUACACGACCUCUCUAAAGCUGAACUGGCAGCUCCUCAACUUAUUAUGUUGGCAAAUGUGGCCUUGACGGGAGAAGUCAAUGGCAACUGCUGUGACUACCUGGUUGGAGAAGAGAGACAAAUGGCGGAACUGACAACAGUGGGGGACAGCAACUUCUCAGAUAGCGAUGGAGAGGGUAUGGAAGAUGCCCAGGCUGCAGAGAGUGACCGUGAGGCACCUGAAAAUAUGGAAGUAAGCUCCCUUGGAGUUUCUAGUGGGGAGACCCAAGGUCCGGCUGCUUGCCCCCCUCUUAAGACUCUCAGUGUGGAUAAAGAUGCCUCAUUGGAAGCACCGGAUACUCCAGAAAGCACAGAAGACAAGUGUAAGAGCUUGAAGAGCAAGCCGUUCCGUUGUAAGCCUUGCCAAUAUGAGGCAGAGUCUGAAGAGGAGUUUGUGCAUCAUAUCAGGGUUCACAGUGCCAAGAAAUUCUUUGUGGAAGAAAAUGCAGAAAAGCAAGCGCAGGUGAAGGAGUCUGAUUCUUGCACUGCAGAAGAGGUGGAUUUCUCUAAGGGUCCAAUCCGUUGUGAUCGUUGUGGCUAUAACACUAACAGAUACGAUCACUAUCUGGCUCACUUGAAACACCACAACAAAGCAGGGGAAAACGAGAGAGUCUACAAGUGUACCAUAUGCACUUAUACUACCGUCAGUGAAUAUCACUGGAAGAAGCACCUAAGAAACCAUUUUCCCAGGAAAGUGUAUACCUGUUCACAGUGCUCCUAUUUUUCAGACAGGAAGAACAAUUAUAUUCAACAUAUCCGAACUCACACAGGAGAGAGACCCUACCAAUGUGCUAUGUGUCCUUAUUCCAGCUCUCAGAAGACCCAUUUAACCAGGCACAUGCGCACCCACUCAGGUGAGAAGCCAUUCAAAUGUGAUCAGUGCAGCUAUGUGGCCUCAAACCAGCAUGAAGUAACUCGUCAUGCAAGGCAGGUUCACAAUGGGCCAAAGCCUCUGACUUGCCCACACUGUGACUACAAAACAGCUGACCGCAGCAAUUUCAAAAAGCACGUUGAGCUCCAUGUCAACCCGCGCCAGUUCCUCUGUCCUGUUUGUGAUUACGCAGCAUCUAAAAAGUGUAACCUGCAGUAUCACAUCAAAUCCAGGCAUCCGGAUUGUUCUGACAUCACCAUGGAUGUUUCAAAGGUGAAGCUACGGACUAAAAAGAGUGAAGUUGACUUUUCUGAGAGCAUUAGUGACAAAGUGGAGAAAGAACAAAUGAGAGGAGAUUCAGCUGCAAAGAAAAUGGAGAAAAUUGUGAAAGUGGAGAAAAAAGAUAAUUUGGCCAAGGAAAAGAGGGCAACGAGCAGUGUUUCUGCAGGCCAGGUGACAACCAGAAGUCGGAAAUCGGCUUCAGAGAACAAGGAGGUGGAUAUUAAAAUUGAGAAGAAUACUGAGAAAACAUGUAAAACAAAGAAGAUCAAAAGAAAGGCAGAGGCUGAAGUAACCUCCUCAAAGCAAGAGCAGGCAAAUGAUACCUCAACAGUAGCAAAAAAGAAAAGGAAAGUGGAAGCUAAACCUAGAGAGUGCCUGGAAGUUCAAACAAGUGAUGCUGUACCAGAGGAGUCUAAAAAGCAAAAUUCUUGCCUCAAGAAAAACAGGAAAAAGAAAGCUCUGAAAAAUAAGCACAGUAAGAAAAGCAGUAAACUUGAUCAGCAGAAGAUUGAGGAAGCAGAGAUGCCAGACAAGUAUAAUAUCACCGAGGAAGAUGGGUGCGAGAAGCCUGACCUUGAGGGCAGUGACCAGAUGGAGCAAGAUCCCACUGAUGCAGCAGCAUUAAACGACAGUGGUCAUGCUGUCAAGGGGGAGAGCACCGACACCAAAGGAGGCUGCAUACAAGACCCAGAGCAACUUUGCCUGCCAGCUCAGGAUGCAAACACAGAAGCUGAGGUAAACGACCAAGAAAUGCCUGAUGCAGCAGGAGAGAGCAAAGACACUAUUGAUGAAAAAGAGGAGGAGAGGAAGGCAGACAGAGGGGAAGACACUUGCUCUGAGGAAUCUCCCCAUGCAGUGUCUUCUGAAAAAAGCUUGGAUGUGCUCAUGGAUGUGGUAGCAGAUCUGGCAGCUGAGAAUGAGCUAGGGAAGACCUUCGUGGCAGAAACUGUGAAUAACUCAGACCUGCUGGACCUGACCAAAACGAGCUUGCCAGCAACAGAGCCAACAGGAGAUGCUGUGCCAGUACCUGUGCCCCCAGAAGGGUGUACGCAAAGCCCUAAAGUAGCACUGGCCUUAUCUCGGGAUAACACAGAACUGAAUGAAUCUCAGGAAAUGGAUGAGGACGAGGGCAUCCACAGCCAUGAAGGCAGCGACAUAAGUGACAACGUAUCAGAAAGAAGUGAUGACUCGGGGUUAAACGGAGCUCGCUCUGUACAAGAGGAAACAAGUCCAAAGGCAUCAAAAGGAGCUGCUGACACCACCAUGGCCAGGGAGAACUAUGUGUGCAUUUUUUGUGACCGCUCAUUUAAAAAUGAAGGUGAAUACAGCAAGCACCUCAAUCGCCACUUAGUCAAUGUGUAUUAUCUUGAGAAGGCAACAAAAGGACAGGAGUAAAAAUAGCUGUGGUUUGGGGGAGUCUUCUUUUGUAAGAUCUUAUACAGCUUAUGUACAGAUACUGUAGAUUUUUUUUGUAAGCAUGGUUUGCAUUAGUUGUCUGCAUUGGUUUGCUUAUUGGUUUAGUUUGAGGUGUUUUUUAAGUUGAAAAUAUUUUGACAACUUUCUGUGUAAUGUUGAUCUCAGUAACUAUUGGAUCUUUUCAUUAGAGAAGGCAGGUAGGGUAUAUGAGGUUGUGUCCUGUAAAGUCAGUGUAAGCUUCUAGUCUAUUAGCUUAUGCAGUUCUUCCAUAAAUUGAGUUUUAGGAACAAGAUUGUAGCUAACAAUAAACAAGUUGGAUGCUUAUAGAGCCAUUGGCAUUAGCUGCUUUUUGUUCUAGCAGCCAACUCCUCUCUCUCCCCUCUUCCCUCCACCUUUUUUUUUAGUUCUUCUUGAUGUGUCUUGAUGUUCAAAGUGUUAAACUACUUGAUGUUUUUUCUACCGGGAAGAUAGCUUCUAUUACAUAAAGAGCACUUUGUAAAACAAAUCAAAGUUGGCUAGUGAUGAACAUAAAAGUUUAAGAUAAUUCUAAUUGUGAACAUACAUUUCAGAUCCCCUAAGCAUGAAUGGUGAGCCGAAAUUUGUGAGUAGUUCUUGCAACUUCUGAUUGAAGAACCUCUGUCUUGAUUAAUAUCUUAAUGGCUAUGAUACAGAAUUGGCUUUGUUGUGGGGGAGCAAGUCUGUUACUUUUAAUUUCUGAUUUUUUUUUUUGUGCUUUAAGGGCUUAAAAUAUUGCACAUUGUUUUUGAUUUUUACCUAUGCAGUUUAAUCCUUUAGGAAUAGCGCUUGUGCAGUACAUGUACACUUUAUAUAUGCAUGUUUGGUUUUGUUUGUGAAAGGUUUUAUAAUUAUUAUUAUUAUUAUUUGAAAAUGUUCAGAUUCGUUGCUUACCGUGGGACAGUUUUCUGUGAUGCUCUUUACUGCAGAUGUUUCUUCCUUCCCUGGGGUGUUAUUCAUUGUACUUGAAAUUCCUGCAAUUUCGAACUGCUUGGCUAUAUAUUUUUUACUGGCUUUAAAAUUGUAUAGUUCCUGAGCAAAAUGGUACCAAUGCAAUUUCAAAACACUACAUAAUAGGAUUUAUCAUAAAAAUGCCACUUCUGUUAUUUCGGAUACACAGACAGAGUAAUAAAUUGUAAUUUAUAAUUUGGGAUUACCAAACAGGAAAAUAGUCACUCAUGGUGGAAAUGGUCCAGAUGUGUAAGUCCAAAUGAUUAUUAUUUCUUGUCGUCCCCAUUCCCCCCCCUUUCGUUUCUGUGAUGGAUAGCAGUCAAACUUCAUGAGCCUAAAAAAAAUAGAACAGUAGCAGUGAUUAUCUGUGGUUCAUCAAAAUCUAGUAUCUCACACACACAAAAAGCCCCAAAUAAAGAUACUGGUAAGCAGCAAACCUGGCAUUUAAAACUGUCGGAAUUCCUGCUCCUUAUUCAUUCAGGUUGCAUUUAAUAAACUCAUUCUGCUUCCAUGCAGAGAGAAAUAUGUAGGUGAUCAGAUCGUCAUCUCAGGGCUACAUGUCAUACCAGGAGUUUUUAGUUCUAAACAGACAUCAUUACUGGCACAGACCAGUACAAUAGAGAUAGCAUGCUUGCUGCUUGUAGCCAGCCAGUGGCAAAAUGUAAACAAAAUCCAUCCCAACAGGGGGAAAAGCAAAACCCUCCAGGUGCAUCCAUGCACUCUUCCCACUGUCAUUAGCCACCUCUCCAGUGGGAGUGGUUGGAGGCAGCUUCUCUGGUGGUCAGGUCCAAAGAAGCAAACUUGGAGGCAGGUGUUACUUGGAGAGUGGGUUUGAGGAGCUCAGACAGUAUUUGUCAGAGCACUUUAGGGCAAAUACCCUCAAUGUAAGCUCUGGAAUAAACCCUGUGCUUCUUGGCAUGUCCCCACAGUAUCCUCCCCUCCACACAAGCCCACUACCUUGAAUGAAUAGAGAGCAACGAUGCUAUAUUGCUUCUGCUUGUGGGAGAUUGGUAAUAGGAGGCCAAAGAUUUGAGCGGGAGGACAUCCCUUGUGGCAGAAAUAAAUUGUAUAAUGUAUAGUGAGUUUUUGUUUGCUUAGAUAGUGUUCAAUCCUUACCUUGGCUGUGACAAUCAUUGUCAACUGAAGAUCAAGUUGCAACUCUAUUUAUGUUAAACAUUAAGAAAGUAAGCCUAGUUGAAUUGUUUUCCUAAGCAACUAGUUGUAAUAGUUUUAGAUGUAUGUUUUUUUCCUUUAUAAUAGUGUUUCAUUUAUAUAUAAAUGUUGCCACCAUUUGUGAGCGAUGUGAGCUGAUGCUGGGAAUUCCAGUCCUGUGUAGAGGCUUUAUAGCUCCUUUCAUAUCCUUGCGAAGAGCCUUUGCCAUCUGGUGAGAGACUUCAAGGACUUUAGCUAUGUUCGCAUAAACUUGUGGACUAGCCUGAUCAUUUUUCUGUUUUCUUCUUCAGUGGAAAUAAUGGUGUUGACUGACUUUAUAUCUCUCUCUAUGAGAUAAAAACAAAGACGUGGUUCUGUGAGACACUCAGCUGCACAUUUCUGUGAAGUGGUCAUGGUUUCAAUGUUCAAUAUGACAAGAACUCUUGGAAGACAACAGUCAACUCCUGUUUCUUGCCACAAGAUUAGAAACUGAAAAUAACUUAUUAACAUAUUAAGAAGUUGAUUCUCUCUAUGUGAGACCCAUCAACAAUGUCCUGAAAACCUAAUGUUGGUGCAGAACUGUGUUGGGAGUUCUCUGCUUGGUUAUGACCAAGGUUCGGGAGUAUGUUAUGGUAAAGCAGCAAGGAUGUAACGCGUUUUGUGUACUUAAAAUAUUAGACAUUGCUAAUAUUGAAUAUUUGGGGGAGGGUGCAGCUCAGGUAACCCACCACAUAUGGUGUCCUUACAAUGCUGUAUCUCCCUUUGAACAAUGCCUUUUUUUUUUUUUUUUUACUUUUUCAAUUUUCUUAAAUUAUUUUGUGUUGGUUUUGCCAUUUUCAUGUUUCUUGGCAAUAAUAUCUGUACGAGUGUUCAACCUCCAUUAUGUGAUUGGAAAGAUGAGCACACUGAUAUACCCCUACACUGCCAGCCCUCCGUGGAGCAACGUGGUGGUUUGGGCUUUUGCUGUAUGAAUCUGUGCAUUCAGAGUAACUGCCCUGAGAAAUGGUCUAGGAGUGGGUAGCUAGGCAUUUAUAAUCCUGGUAUUGUAAUAGCUAUUUCUGGAUUUUAAUGAUCUAGGCUGGAACUUUAGUUAUUUAAAGAAGUGUUUAACAACUGACAGGCCAGUUAAGAUCUGGUAAUGUCAUUGAUUUCAACAGAUUUGAUUUCAAACAGAUCUAAUGAAUUUCAACAGAUUUAAUUGAUCUCAACAGAUCUGAUGUAGUUGAAAGGUAUUAAAUCAAGUUCAAGAGUUUUCUUGAAUGUCAGUUGUGUAGAUACGUGGUGUGCAUACAAUAUUAACAGAAUCCAAAUAGCUAAUGGAAUUGUUUUAUGAAUUGUUUUAUGUGUACAUAUGUUUUUCCCCUCUAAAAUUACACUAGCUAACAAACUUUUGUAAGCUGGCAUGGAAACAUGUUUAUGAUGUUUAGUUGCACCAUGUUUGAUGCUUUUACAGUGCAAUACUUGUAUACUCUGAAUUAAACCAAAGGUAAUUUUUUUUUUCAUGCUCUCUCUACUGUAGUGCAUGACAGUCUUUUCUACAUUUGUAAUAGAUGUAAAACAAGCCAGAUCAUACAUCCUGUUUUUACUUAAAACAUGUAUAAGAAGUCUUUUUUUGUUCAAAAUGUAGUAUAAAGUGAAACUAAAUUGCAUUAUAUUAACCCAAGUGUAUUUUCCUAAGCAUAGUUACGAUUAAAUAAACUUUAUUAAGGAACUUUCA